CAAAGCAAACGUCAAAUUUUGUUUGUAGGUAAAUAGGUUUUAAAUCGCUCUACCUGUGCAGUAAUUUUGUAACAGUUCCAGAAAUCAUGCUCGCGCUACAAACAGGAACCACAACCGGAAUUCCAGACAAGCUAUGGCAGCCUCAUUUUGUGACAUUCGAGACGACAAUGGGUGAAAUUUCGAUCGAACUUUACUGGAAGCACGCUCCGAACACCUGCCGAAAUUUCGCUGAGCUCACUCGGCGCGGGUACUACAAUGGAACCAUUCUUCAUCGGAUCAUACGAGAUUUCAUGAUACAGGGCGGCGAUCCCACCGGUACCGGUCGGGGAGGACAAUCCAUUUACGGAUCAACAUUUGCCGAUGAAAUUAAUGCCGAUUUGAAGCACACCGGUGCCGGAGUGCUUUCGAUGGCCAAUUCCGGCCCGGAUACGAAUGCGUCACAGUUUUUCAUCACCUUAGCUCCCACGCAGUGGCUGGACGGCAAGCAUACGAUUUUUGGACGGGUUCACACGGGAAUGCAGGCGGUGAAGCGGAUAGGGCAGGUGGAAACGGAUAAGAAUGAUCGUCCCGUGGAACAGGUCAAGAUUCUGAAGGGAAAGGUUGAAAAGUACUGAGAUAAUUUAAUAAUAAAUAAAAUAUUUUUUAAAUUGUAA